AUGUCCUUGGCAUUUUGUGGGAACGAGAAUAACUCGGUGGCCUACAACGUGGAUGGGGGUGUCCUGAACAACGGCUGUUUCCUGGACGCGCUCAACGUGGUGCCACAUGUAUUCCUCCUCUUCAUCACCUUUCCCAUCCUCUUUAUUGGCUGGGGCAGCCAGAGCUCAAAGGUCCACAUCCACCACAGCACCUGGCUUCACUUUCCUGGUCACAACCUGCGCUGGCUCCUCACCUUCGUCCUGCUCUUCAUCCUCGUCUGUGAGAUCGCAGAGGGCAUCGUCUCCGAUGGAUUCAGCCAAUCUCUCCACCUCCACCUGUACAUGCCUGCAGCUCUGGCCUUCAUGGCCGGCAUCACCUCGAUUGUCUACUAUCACAACAUCGAGACCUCCAACUUUCCAAAACUACUAUUAGCCCUCCUGAUCUACUGGGUUCUGGCCUUCAUCAUGAAGACCAUCAAGUUUGCCAAAUACACUGAGCAUGGCAUCGGCCCCAGGCAGCUACGCUACUGCAUCACCAGUCUGCUGAUGCUGCUUUAUGGACUACUACUGUCUGUGGAGAUCAAUGUCAUCCUGGGCAGGCGCUACAUGUGUUUUGCCGACCCCAUGGAGGUGAAGCCCCCCGAGGACCUUCAGGACUUGGGCGUUCGAUUCCUCCAGCCCUUCGUUAACCUGCUGUCCAAAGCCACCUACUGGUGGAUGAACACUUUCAUCACCUCCGCCCAUAGACGACCCAUUGACCUCAAGGUCAUCGGCAAACUCCCCAUCGCCAUGAGAGCGCUCACAAACUAUAUAAAGCUACGCACGGCCUUCGAAGACCAGAAGCGGCCUCAUGGUACAGCACCUCAGGGACCAAAGUCAAUCUGGCGAGCCUUGAGAAAAGCCUUCGGCAGACCUGUCAUCCUCAGCAUCACAUUCCGUUUCAUGGCCGACCUGCUGGGCUUCGCCGGUCCGCUCUGCAUCUCCGGCAUCGUCCACCACAUCAGCAAGGACAACCGCACCAUUCAGCAGCCGACAAAGUUGCUCGGUAUCUAUUUCAUUUCGUCCAAGGAGUUUCUGGAGAAUGCCUACGUGCUGGCUGUGCUGCUCUUCUUCGCUCUGCUCCUGCAGAGGACCUUCCUCCAGGCCUCCUACUACGUGGCGAUUGAAACAGGCAUCAACCUACGUGGGGCCAUACAGACAAAAAUCUACAACAAGAUCAUGCGUCUGUGUACGUCCAACAUGUCUAUGGGCGAGCUAACCGUUGCUCAGAUCUGCAACCUGGUUGCCAUAGACACCAACCAGCUUAUGUGGUUCUUCUUCCUCUGUCCUAACCUGUGGGCCAUGCCAGUACAGAUUAUUGUGGGAGUGAUCCUGCUCUACUACCUCUUGGGAAUCAGUGCCUUGAUUGGAGCGACCGUCAUCGCUGUGUUAGCUCCUGUUCAAUACUUUGUGGCCACGAAGCUGUCCCUGACACAAAAGAGCACCCUGGAAUACUCGAGUCAGCGACUGAAGAAGACCAACGAGCUGCUGCGGGGCAUCAAGCUGCUGAAGCUGUACGCCUGGGAGCACAUCUUCAGCGACAGUGUGGAGGAGACCAGGGGCAAGGAGCUCACCAGCCUGCGGGCAUUCGCUCUUUACACAUCCAUAUCAAUUUUCAUGACUGCAGCUAUCCCCAUUGUAGCUGUAUUGACGACGUUUGUGGUUCACGUUCACAUCUCCGAGGACGCGGAUCUGUCUCCAGCUGUGGCCUUUGCCUCCUUGUCCCUCUUCCACAUCCUGGUCACCCCCCUCUUCCUGCUCUCCAGCGUGGUGCGCUCCACCGUCAAGGCUCUUGUUAGCGUUCAGAAGCUCAGCGAGUUUUUCUCAAGCGACGAGAUUGGAGAAGAACAAGAGCCCAAAGCGGUGUUAACCUCUGGCUGCAAUAAUCACAACCAGAAGAGGUACCAGGCUGUGCCCCUGAAGGUGGUGAACCGGAAGCGCUCUCCGAGGGACGACUGGCACAACUACAGCUCGCAGGGGGACCAUGUGGGCGACGGGCCGACCCAGGACAUGGACCAAGACCUUUGUAUCAAGAUAACCAGCGGUUACUUCACCUGGACCGAUGGACCGCCAACACUCACCAACGUGGACAUCAAUGUUCCUUUCGGUAAGCUCACUAUGAUUGUCGGCCAGGUGGGCUGUGGGAAAUCGUCUCUGCUGCUGGCCGCACUGGGGGAGGUUCAGCGAGUGUCGGGAACAGUCACUUGGAACAGCCUGCCGAACCCGGAGAUUGAGAAAGAUGAGAGUCCCACGGAAAGAGACACAGCGGGCGAUGGAGACAUCAGGAAGAGAAGUGCUGUGGCCUAUGCUUCCCAGAAGCCCUGGCUGCUGAACGCCACACUGGUGGAGAACAUCACCUUUGAGAUGCCCAUGAUAAAACCGAGGUACCAAGCCGUCAUCGACGCCUGCUCUCUGCAGCCUGACAUCGACAUCCUUCCACAGGGGGACCAGACAGAGAUUGGAGAGCGGGGUGUCAUCCUCUCCGGUGGACAGAGGCAGCGGAUCAGUGUGGCCAGAGCCUUGUACCAGCAGACCAACGUGGUCUUUCUGGACGACCCGUUCUCGGCCUUAGACAUCCACCUGAGUGACCACCUGAUGCAGGACGGCAUCCUGAAGAUGCUGAGGGAGGAGAAGAGGACCGUGGUGUUGGUGACACACAAACUUCCGUACCUACUACGUGCAGACUGGAUUAUUGCCAUGAAGGACGGCACCAUCCAGACUGAGGGGACACUGAAGGACAUCCAGAACACUGAGCCUGAACUCUUUGAGCAGUGGAAGACCCUGAUGCACCGGCAGGACCAGGAGUUUGAGACGGAGACGGUGGCAGCGAGUAUGACCGACCUGGAGAGGAAGAACCUGCGGCGGGCCAUGUACUCCAGAGAGGCGGCCAGGACUGAGGACGACGAGGAAGAAUCCCUGGAGAGCGACGAUGACGAUGACCUGUCUCAGUCGAAUCGUCAGCGAGCCACCAUCCCCUGGCGCUCCUGUGGCACCUACCUGUCCUCUGCCGGGCUCCUCCUGCUCACCCUGCUCCUCCUGUCCCAGCUCCUCAAACACUGCUUCAUGGUCGCCAUAGACUACUGGCUGGCCCACUGGACGUCGCAGGUCAUCGAAGCCAAGAUAAACGCCGCGGCUCGAAACUGCACCAUCGUUCAGCACUGUGGUUUCAGUCACUCAUGGUAUCUGUCAGUGUUCAGCGUGUUGUGCUGCCUCGGCAUCAUCCUGUGUAUGGCCACAUCUGUCGCGGUGGAGUGGACCGGACUCAAAGUGGCCAAGGCGCUCCACCACAACCUGCUUAACAAGAUCAUACUGGCCCCCAUGAGGCUGUUUGAGACGACUCCGCUCGGCAGUAUCCUCAACAGGUUUUCCACUGACACCAACACCAUCGACCAGCACAUCCCCACCACACUGGAAUGCCUCUCCCGCUCCACCCUGCUGUGUCUGUCCGCCCUCGGUGUCAUCUCCUACGUGACCCCCGUCUUCCUCUUCGCCCUCCUGCCACUCGCCGUCACCUGCUACUUCAUCCAGAAAUACUUCCGCGUGGCGUCCAGGGACCUGCACCAGCUGGAGGACAGCACCCAGCUCCCUCUGCUGUCCCACUUCUCUGAGACAGUGGAAGGUCUCACCACCAUCAGGGCCCUCAGGUACGAGCCCAGGUUCAGACAGAGGCUACUGCAGUACACCGACGCCAACAACAUCGCCUCGCUCUUCCUCACCGCCGCCAACCGGUGGCUGGAGGUCCGCAUGGAGUAUAUUGGCGCGUGUGUGGUGCUGGUGGCAGCUGUGGCCUCCAUCACUAACAACCAGCAGUCCACUGGUCUGGUGGGGCUGGGACUGACGUACGCACUCAUGGUGUCCAACUACAUGAACUGGAUGGUUCGAAACCUGGCAGACAUGGAGGUGCAGCUUGGUCUCAAGAGAAUUAACGGUCUGCUCCACACUGAACCAGAGAAUUUCGAGGGACUGCUCAAUGUGUCUCAGGUUCCCGAGGGCUGGCCCCGGCAGGGAGAGAUCAAGAUCCAGAACCUGAGCGUCCGAUACGACGCGUCACUGAAGCCGGUGCUCAAAAAUGUCAACGCAAACAUCAGCCCCGGAGAGAAAGUGGGGAUCUGUGGCAGGACAGGCAGCGGCAAAUCCUCCUUCUCCCUGGCUUUCUUCCGCAUGGUCGACAUGUUUGAGGGGAGGAUCGUGAUCGAUGACAUCGACAUCGCCAAGCUGCCGCUGCAGACCCUCAGGUCUCGCCUGUCCAUCAUCCUCCAGGACCCCAUCCUGUUCAGCGGCACCAUCCGGUUCAACCUAGAUCCUGAGAUGAAGGCUACAGAUGAGAUGCUGUGGGAAGCUCUGGAGAUUGCUCAGCUGAAGCCCGUCGUUCAAUCCCUUCCUGGAGGCCUGGAUGCCAUGGUGACGGAGGGAGGGGAGAACUUCAGUCAGGGUCAGAGGCAGCUGUUCUGUUUGGCCAGAGCCUUCGUCAGGAAGAGCAGCAUCCUCAUCAUGGACGAAGCCACGGCGUCCAUCGACAUGGCAACGGAGAGCAUCCUGCAGAAAGUGGUGAUGACUGCAUUCGCUGACCGCACAGUGGUAACUAUAGCACAUCGUGUCCACACCAUCCUGAAUGCCGACCUGGUGAUUGUGAUGAAGCGGGGGAUCAUCCUGGAGAAGGACAAGCCCCAGGCCCUGCUGGACGCCGAGGACAGCGUCUUCGCCUCCUUUGUGCGCGCAGAUAAAUAG